CUAUUUUGUACAUACGUUAUUUUGUAUAUACUGUAUAUGAUGACUUCGGUGAGCAGUGACCGUUCCCGAGGUGCUCGGGAAAAAACACAAACUUCAGCGACACAGGCAUCACAACUACAGAAACAAGUAGUACAGAGAGAGAGAGACAGCUAGAGAGGAAACACAAGCAGAGAGAGUGGGAGAUGGAGAAGCAGGCUUCCCGCCGAGCAGGGAGCCCUACGUGGAGCUCGAUUCCGGGACCCUGGGAUCAUGACCCGAGCUGAGGGCAGACGCCUAACAACUGAGCCACCCAGGCGCCCAGAAUUGGCAUUUUUUUUUAAAUUGGAAAGAUUUUGAAAACAGGCUGUUUUAUACUGCUGGUGGAGAAUAAAUCUUUGUAGCCAGUGUGCAGAGAAUUUUUGAACAGAUGGUUUGAAAUGUUUUUUUCUUUAUUUAAUUUAAAUUCACUUAGCCAACAUACAGUACAUCAUUAGUUUCAGAUGUAUGAAACAUUUUUCUAGAUAUUUCUUUGGUCAGUAGUUUCACAUCUUUGUACUUAUUCUAAGAAAGCUAUCAUGGAUAUGUGUACAAAUUUAGGUAUAAGACUUGAUCUCUGUAGUAUUUGGGUAGAAAAGUUGUUCAUUAUUAGCUCCUUGAUUUAUUUUUUUCUUCAUUCUCUAUGCUCAUUCAGUAAUUUAAAUGGUUUAACUUUUUAAAUAUUUGUUGGGAGUUAGUAAAGGUUUUAGUGAACAAGGGUAAUAUUUUUAUUUUUUUAUUAUUUUUUGAAGAUUUUUAUUUAUUUGAGAGAUUGAAAGUGAGGGAACAUGAGCGGCGAGGGAUGGUAGAGGGAGAAGGAGCCCGACUCAGGGCUCCAUCUCCGGCUCCUGGGAUCAGGACCUGAGCCGAAGGCAGACGGGCAACAGCUGAACAGAUGCGUCUUGCUCAAGUGAUCUUCGAUAAAAAUGAUUCAGAAUUUGAAGCUAAAGUUAAACAGCUUAUGGAAGUGACGGGGAAAAAUCAGGAUGAAUGCAUAGUGGCCCUACAUGACUGUAAUGGAGAUGUGAACAAAGCUAUCAAUAUAUUGCUGGAAGGGAAUUCAGACACGACUUCAUGGGAGACUGUAGGGGGAAAGAAGAAGAAUUUUGUAAAAGAAAGUUCAGAAAACAAAGAGAAUAGAGAGAAGAGAAGUGAGAGAGAAAUAAAUCGUGGACGUGGAAACAACCGGAAAGGAAGAGGUGGCAAUCGUGGGAGAGAGUCUCUUAUGUACAAUUAUGUACAAGAGGUGCUCUUUUCUCCCGUAGUUAGAGGCGAAGAGAAUGGAAUUGAUUGCAACCAAGGGGACAAGGCUUCCGACCGUGGCAAGCGAGCUCGUGGCAGAGGAUUUGGACGUGGAAGAGGGAGAGGGACAGGAAGAUUCUCAACCCAAGGCAUGGGGACAUUUAAUCCUGCGGACUAUUCAGAUUCUCCAUCUAUAGAUGGGUGUGUUACAAAGCCAGUAGUUUGGGAAGCUACUCAGAAUGGUGCAGAUGAGGGAACUGGGGAAGACUUGUUACUGGAAAGUACCGUUCCUGUUGGUGGACAUAAAUUUGGCCAGAUAAAGUGGUGGGUGAUAGGAACCUGGAAGAAUUCUGUGGAAGAGUGGACAACAGACGACUGGACUGAAGAUCUUUCUGAAACAAAGGUCUUCACUGCCUCAGCUGUUCCAGCAGAGAAUCAUGUCACACCUGGGCAAAGCAUUGAUCUGGUAGCCUUGCUCCAGAAGCCUGUUCCUCCCAGUCAAGCCUCAGAAGUCAGCUCCUUUGAAACUUCCCAACAGCAGGGCUUUGGUCAAGCCCUUGUCUUCACAAAUUCUCAGCACAACAAUCAGAUGGCACCAGGGACUGGCAGCUCCACUGCUGUCAACUCCUAUUCUCCUCAGAGUCUGUCAUCCGUCCUUGGUUCAGGAUUUGGAGAGCUUGCACCUUCCAAAAUGGCAAACAUCACCAGCUCCCAGAUUUUGGACCAAUUGAAAGCUCCAAGUUUGGGCCAGUUUACCACUACCCCAGGUUCACAGCAGAAUAGUACAAGUCCCCCCACAACCACUUCUUCUUGGGACCUCAAGCCCUCAACUUCCCAGUCCUCAGUCCUUAGUCAUUUUGACUUCAAAUCUCAGCCUGAACCAUCCCCGGUUCUUAGUCAAUUGAGCCAGCGACAGCAGCACCACACUCAGGCCGUUGCUGUUCCUCCUCCUGGGUUGGAGUCCUUUCCUUCCCAGGUAAAACUGCGAGAGUCAACACCCAGAGACAGUACCUCCACUGUGAACAAACUUUUGCAGCUUCCCAGCAUGACUGUAGAAAACAUUGCUGUGACUACCCACCAACCACAGUCUAAACACAUCAAACUACCGAAGCGGCGGAUACCUCCAGCUUCUAAGAUCCCAGCUUCUGCAGUGGAAAUGCCUGGGUCAGCAGAUGUCACAGGAUUAAAUGUUCAGUUUGGCGCCUUGGAAUUUGGAUCAGAACCUUCUCUCUCUGAAUUUGGAUCAGCGGCAAGCAGUGAAAAUAGUAACCAGAUUCCCAUCAGCUUGUAUUCGAAGUCUUUAAGUGAUUCUUUGAAUACCUCUCUACCAAUGACCAGUGCAGUACAGAACUCCACCUAUACAACUUCAGUUAUUACCUCCUCCAGUCUUACCAGCUCAUCACUGAGCUCCACUAGUCCAGUAACAACGUCUUCCUCCUAUGACCAGAGUUCUGUGCAUAACAGAAUUGCAUACCAAAGCUCUGUGAGUCCAUCGGAGUCAGCUCCAGGAACCAUCACGAAUGGACAUAGUGGUGGUCGAAGUCAGCAGACAAUAGACACUACUUCAUCCGUUCCAGCUCCAAAGACAACAGAUCCUCCCUCUGCCCUCCCAUCUGUGGGCUCCCUGCCCAGCACCACUUCCUGCACUACGCUUCUGCCCUCUGCAUCUCAGCACACUGCCACUUUGCCCUCCAUGUCCCAGCCUGGUGACCUGUCCAGCAGCCCCCUCUCUCAGCUUAGCAGUUCACUCUCCAGCCAUCAGAGCAGCCUCUCCUCUGCACACGCAGCGCUCUCCUCCAGCACAUCACACACACACGCCAGUGUGGAGAGCACCCCUUCCCUCCAGUCCUCAGCCACCUUUUCAACGGCAGCAACCUCUGCCUCGGGUGCCACGUCCUCAGGGCUCAGCCUGCCGAGCAGCAUGAACACAGUGAACAGCCUCUGCCUGGGGGGGACCACUGUGAGUGCCCCCAGCAGCAGUACCAGGGCCACGCCCUUGGUGACCUCAGGCAAAGCACCCCCUAACCUGCCCCAGGGAGUACCGCCCCUGCUGCACAAUCAGUACCUCGUGGGCCCUGGAGGACUGCUUCCUGCCUAUCCGAUCUACGGCUAUGACGAGCUCCAGAUGCUGCAGUCACGGCUGCCAAUGGAUUACUAUGGGAUUCCCUUCGCCACGCCCACAGCCCUGGCCGGCCGAGAUGGGAGCCUAGCUAAUAACCCGUAUUCAGGUGAUGUCACAAAGUUUGGCCGAGGUGACUCUGCAUCCCCUGCACCCCCCACCACACUGGCUCAGCCACAGCAGAGCCAGUCCCAGGCCCACCACACAGCCCAGCAGCCCUUUCUGAAUCCUGCGCUGCCCCCUGGCUACAGCUACACUGGCCUCCCCUACUACACAGGCGUGCCUAGUGCCUUCCAGUAUGGGCCCACGAUGUUUGUCCCUCCGGCCUCCGCCAAGCAGCAUGGUGUGAACCUCAGCACCCCCAGCACCCCCUUCCAGCAGGCCGGCGGUUACGGCCAGCAUAGCUACAGCGCAGGUUAUGAUGACCUGACCCAGGGGACAGCAGCGGGAGACUACAGCAAGGGUGGCUAUGGUGGAUCAUCACAGGCACAAAACAAGUCUGCAGGUUCUGGGCCUGGCAAAGGCGUGUCCGUGUCUUCAAGCACCACCGGCUUACCUGACAUGAGCGGCUCAGUCUACAACAAGACUCAGACUUUUGACAAGCAGGGAUUUCACGCAGGGACUCCUCCACCGUUCAGCCUGCCCUCGGCCUUGGGUUCCACCGGGCCCCUGGCCGCCGGAGCGGCCCCCGGUUAUGCGCCCCCACCGUUCUUGCACAUCCUCCCCGCCCACCAGCAGCCUCACUCACAGCUGCUACACCACCACCUGCCACAGGAUGCCCAGGUGAGCCCAGUGAUGGAGGCAGCCACCCUGCCCUGGCCUCGGGGUCCUGCUCCAGCCCUUACAGCCUUCUCUCCUCCUCCUCCUCCUCCUCCUCCUCCUCCUCAGAGUGGCUCGGGUCAGCGCAGCCAGCCCAGCUCCCUGCAGCCCAAGUCGCAAGCCUCCAAGCCCGCCUACGGCAACUCUCCCUACUGGACAAACUGAACCUUUGAAGAGAGGGGUGGGCUCGGGCGGGGCUUACCCUGGGCAGGAGAGAACACACGGAGCCCAUUUCUGGGAGCCCAGUGCCCUUUCCUAGAAUUCCUGAGACGUGUAACUGUGUCAGCCGAGCCUCUGUGGGGAGCCUGCCUCCCAGACUCGCUAUUGUAUGUAAUGUAUUUAUGUAUGUAUUUGUAAAUGUGAUAGAAGUCUUGGGGGCAUGGGGGGUACAGCUGCUACUCUUAGCCAGGUCUGCAAUCCCGACUCGGGCCCCUUCUCGCUGUAGCAAAUAAGCCCUUUUCCCACUCCUGCCUUCAGGCCUUCUCUGUAGCCUCCCAGCCCAUGGGCAGCUGGGAGCAGUGUGUGGAAGGGCUGCUUUUAAGGCAGUUUGGGGACUGGGGCCAGGUACCAAUGAAGAAUCACGACUUCUCUCGCUCCCUUGUAAGCCAUUAUUUGAGUUUCCUUCCCUGUGUAAUUACUUUAGCCCUCUCUCGUUUUGAGAAACCGGUCCUUUUGUCAUUUGUCAUGUCCCUCUCCUACCAAAUCUUCAUCUGGGAACAGCAGAGCUAUCCUUCCUGCCCAACAUGAAAGUGGCACCUGUUUGUCUUCAUACAAACCAGAGGCUUCUGCUGCUGGUCUUGUCCCCAAGAGACUUGCCUUCCUCUGGCUGACCGUUUUUUAAAACCGUCUGAAGUUGUGCUCAGAGAUGUUCAGUCAGUGUGCUCCCUUUUAAAAAAAAAAAAAAAAUCAAAGAUAACGCCUUCACCUCAGUGAGAGCACGUCUCCAAGCAAAGGCUCCUCUAUUCCAGUUGUCCUGAACCAGGUGGGCGACUGUUUCAGGGGUUUUCUCUUUUGCCCAAUCUCCACCUAAUAAAGUUCUGAGAGCAUG